GUUAAAUCUGCAUCUGAGCGAUGACGUGAUGCUUUCUGUUGGUGUUUACAACCUUAUUCGCAAAGCUUAUAAGCCAUAUCCAGUAAAGCUUUAUCGGGAAACUAACGAACCAGUUAAAACAAAAACAAGGACGUUUAAUGGAAAAACAGGCAGCUUGCUUCUACCUAAUGACACAAAAAGAGCUCAGACAUAUGGAAACCGACAGAUUGUGCUGGAGAAAGAGGAAACGGAAGAACUAAAGCAGUUUGGUUCUCCAGGCUUAUUUCUGGUUGGCUUCAAACCACUUUCAAUGCUAAAACAGCACCACCAUAUCAGGCCCUCGCAGUUCAUCUAUCCUGAGGAGUCCCUGGUGAGGGGGAGUACAACACUAUUUAAUGCCUUAUUGAUGAAAUGCUUGGAGAGGGAGAUGAUGAUGCUGUGCAGAUACAUCGCUCGCCGGAACCUCCCUCCUCGCUUUGUGGCCCUGGUUCCUCAGGAGGAAGAGAUGGAUGAGCAGAAAGUGCAGAUAGCCCCUCCAGGUUUCCAUGUCAUUUUUCUGCCAUAUGCAGAUGACAAACGGAAUGUUGAUUUCACAGAGAAGGUACCAGCCAGUCAAGAGCAGGUGGACAAGAUGAAGGAAAUAAUUCAAAAACUCCGCUUCAAAUACAGGACUGACAGCUUUGAGAACCCAGUUUUGCAGCAGCACUUUAGGAAUCUGGAGGCUUUGGCGCUGGAUAUGACGGAACCAGAACAAGCUGAGGAUCUUACAAUGCCAAAGUAUGAACAGAUGAACAGCAGGCUGGGCAGCCUGGUGGAGGAGUUUAAGCAGCUGGUUUAUCCCCCUGACUACAAUCCUGAUGGGAAGGCUGUAAAGCGGAAACAAGCUUCUGACAGUCAAGCUGAAAAGAAGCCCAAGAUAGAAGUCUCAAAAGAUGAGCUGUGGCAUCAUGUGCAGAAGGGCACUCUAGGCAAGCUCACUGUACCUGUUCUGAAGGAUGCAUGCAGGCUUUUGGGGCUGAAGGGUGGAGGCAAGAAGCAGGAGCUCAUGGAUGCUUUAAUUAAAUACUUUAAUUAGCGCUAAGCAGGAGCAGAAGGUGCUGGUUGACUUUUGUCUGCUUAGAAUUUUGGCUGUCUUACAUGGAUUCCAUGUCUGUCUAACUUUGCAAUAGAAGAGAAGGUAACAAAAUGUUGCUCUGUGUAGCAGUGGAAAACUUUUUACUCUUAGUUGUGAAACAUCUCUGCAAAGUUGGAUUCUGUUGACAGUAGCCAAAGGCAGAAUUCUCUGCCAACUCAGGUCACCCACUGCCUGUGAGCAGAGUUGUACCUUCCUGGUUCUUAAUAAAAGUUAUUUUGGAUUUCUUACUUUGCAA